AUGGAUCGUAAUACGCGCCUUCGCGGGUUCUGUCCGAGCUGGCUCCACGUAAGGAAAGGGGCGGAUGGCGAUAAUCGUUUUCGCGGAGUUUCUGACACAAUCAUUGUAAUUCAACAUAGACUCGAUGAUGAUGAUGUAGAUGAAAUUUCAACAAAUACGGUAGACACCGAAACUCUAGCACUCAUGUAUGAAGCUGACUAUAGUGCAAUGUACAUGCCAGAAUUUAUGGAUAUGCCUAAUGUCGGUGACUACAAAUUUAACUCAUCAGUCAAUGAUGGAAAGUUAUAUAAAGUAAUGGAGUUUCCAUGCAAAGAAGAAGUGAUGAUGGAAAUUAAGAGUUACAACAUUCGUAAUUAUGUUCAGUCCAGAGUGAACCGUUUUACCACCGAAAAGAGGAGCGGCCUUCGCACGGGAAAACAAGUGUCAGAUGUGAAAAAUGUUACGCACUCAUCGAUCUCCGAUGUCAAAUCGAGUCGUUCCGAGAAGAAACUAAGGAUGGAACCGGAUACCGAGAACGGGAAUGCUGAGAAAGAAGUUUGUUUAGAAACAGAUUCCAUAAGGGAAGAUGUCGGUUUAGGAACGGAGCAAUCAAGUGGUUCGCGUAGGAAGGAGAAGAGGAAUGACAUUUCCUCCGUUGAUGAAAAGCAAAGUGAUUCUCUCGUUGAAUCUGAAGCCAACCCAUUAAUGAAGGAUACAAUUUCGGAAAGAGAUUCAAGCGUGCGGACCCCGGAGAGUCCAUUGAAUGAACAAUCGGCUCUUUCAGAAACGAAUCCAAAGAGUAAAAUGGCUAAAUAUGGGGAAUUGGAGGACUUGAAUGCAAAAGAUGGGGAAGGGAACUCUUUGAUAGAUGAAAAGAAGGUAAGCUUUUCUUGUUUGGAAUCCAAAAUGAGUGUUAGUUUAGAGUCUGGGCUGAAGAAGAAAGGGGAAAGCUCAGGCUUAGAGAUUCUGGAAAGUUGCAGUUUAGGGUCUCGGCUGAAGGAGAGUCAAUUGAAUGAACAAUUCGCCCAUUCCGAUUCGAAACAAAAGAGGGAGGAUGUUGAGAUAGAAACCAAGAUGGAAGAACUUGUUCCCUCACCCUUGAAUUUGGCUGUCACAAAACACAAUGUUACACUAACAGCUAAUGCUUUUCCUUUGAACUUGGCAGUCACAACAGACGAUGUUAUACCAACAGCUAAGGUUUCAGAGGUAACAUUGGGCAACAGCACAGCUUUUGCAAAAGAUGAUGUUACACUAGAAUCUAAUGUUUCUCUUUUGAACUUGGCUGUCGCUGAAGAUGAUGCUACACCAAGAGCUAAUGUCAAAGAGAACAAUUUCUCACCAACGUUGCACCCUUCAUUUCAAAGAAAUUGUAUUAGCCGUCCUAAGAAAAAGCUUCUUGUUCUUGAUUUGAAUGGAAUUCUUGUAGAUGUUGUUCAAAUACCAUGUAAACUCGAGCCACAUGCCAUAGUGAAUGGGAAAGGAGUUUUCAGGAGACCUUUUUGUGAUGAAUUUCUCGACUUUUGCUUUAUGACAUUUAAUGUCGGAAUCUGGUCAUCAAGAGUUCAUAAAAAUGUGACGGGGGUGCUUGAUCUUCUUAUGAAUGAAGAACAGAGACGUGAACUGGUUUUCUGUUAUGGCCGAAAUCUGUGUACAAUGACAAAAUUCAAAACCCUUGAGAAUGAGGACAAACCACUUGUUUUGAAGGAACUUAGAAAAUUAUGGGAUAAGCAAUUACCUAACAUUCCAUGGAAGAAGGGAGAGUAUGAUGAAUCAAACACACUUUUGUUGGAUGAUUCUCCAUAUAAGGCUUUGCGAAAUCCUGCAAAUACUGCUAUAUUUCCAUAUCCUUAUCAAUACACAGAUGCUGCAGAUUGUUCAUUAGAACCUGGAGGAGAUCUUCGAAUAUAUCUUGAACGGUUAGCUGAAGCAGAUAAUGUGCAGAAGUUCAUUGAGCAAAAUCCAUUCGGGCAACCAGCUAUUACAGAGGCAGAUCCACAUUGGGAUUUCUAUUCUCAAAUUAUAGAAAAUGAGACAUUGCAAGCUCGUUGGUCUCCCAGAAAUCAGAGAAGCAGGAGCAGGUCUCCCAGAAACCGAAGAAGCAGGAGCUGGUCUCCCAGAAACCGAAGAAGCAGGAGCAGAUCUCCCGGAAACCAGAGUAACAGGAGCAGGUCUCCUGGAAACCAGAGUAGCAGGAGCAGGUCUCCCGGAAAACAGAGUAGCAGGAGCAGGUCUCCCAGAAACCGAAGAAGCAGGAGCAGGUUUCCCGGAAACCGGAGUAGCAGGAGCAGGUCUCCCGGAAAUCAGAGAAGCAGGAGCAGGUCUCCCAGAAGUCUGAGGAGCAAGAGCAGGUCUCCCAGAAGUCUGAGGAGCAGGAGCAGGUCUCCCAGAAAUCGGAGAAGCAGGAGCAGAUCUCCCCAUUUUAAGCAUACAGAUGAAUUCAGUGGUGAAAAUAAGAGAUUGGUGAAGGGACAGAUGCCAUUCUGUUUUCACUUCCGUCGAGGCAAGUGCUACCGUGGAAUGUCUUGUCGUUAUUUGCACCAUGAUUCAGGCAAGAGUUACGAAUCAAGGUGGGAAAGGAGCAAACAGCAGUAUCUGGAGUUGCCUCAUACUUCUAGGACUAACAAUGCUUGUGAAGAGAUCAGGCAGAGUUCUGAGAAAAGAGAAGAUUCUGGUGAUGUAGGUGCCCAUUUUCAAGAUAAUCAAUCGAAUGAGUAUCACAUGGUUAAGUCUGCUAGAUCUAGAGACACCCCGACCUCUUUAUUUGAAACACAUUUGUUAGAAAAUAAGCAGGAAACGCCUAAUCCUUUCGGUUAUGAGAAUUGUCUGAGAAGCAGGGGCAGAUGUCCUAGUUUUAAGUGUACAGAUGAAUUCAGUGGUGAAAAUAAGGGACAGGUGAAGGGACAGAUGCCAUUCUGUUUUGACUUCAGUCGAGGCAAGUGCUACCGUGGAGUGUCUUGUCGUUAUCUGCACCAUUAUUCCGGAAAGAGCUAUGAAUCGAGGUGGCAAAGGAGCAAACAGCAGCAUCUGGAGUUGCCUCAUGCUUCUAGGACUAAUAAUGCUCGUGAAGAGAUCAGACAGAGUUCUGAGAAAAGAGAAGAUUUUGGUGAUGUAGGUGUUCAUUUUCAAGAUAAUCAAUCUAAUGAGUAUCUCAUGGUUAAGUCUGAUAGAUCAAGAGGCAUCCCGGCCUCUUUAUUUGAAACACACUUGUUAGAAAACAAGCUGGAAUCACCUAAACCUGUCAGUUAUGAGAAUUUUCAAGAAGCAGCUGCAAAAUCUCAAAAUCUAUCAACUAUUGAUAGCUCCUCAGUUGGCAAUAUGGAUACGCUAAAGCCAUGUGGUAAUGCUUCUCAGGAAGUACUUAUUUCUUUCUCCAAUCCUUUAGAUCCAGUGUGUCAAAAUGCUAAUUGCCAACCUCCACAAUCAGAUAACCAUGUCUGAUUCAUUACCAUGUAAAUCUUCAACUUCCCCACUAAAUAGACUUCCAGAAAGUAUUGUUCAUCCACAUGCAAUUUAGCUCCAUAACCAUCCUUUCCAUAUAUCCCCUUCCGUCCUAUGCUCACAUGUUAAAGAUAAUCCACAUACGAAAGAGGAGCAAACUUCAUCUUCUAUGUUUAAUCUUCUGGGGAAAGCGUUCCAUCUUACAUGUUACCUUGCCAAGAGUCUAAUUUUGCUUACAGCCAAAUUUGUCUUUAACUUACUCACCUUCAUCUCCAUCUCCACCACAAUUACUGGAUUUAACCGCAACUUCCACCAUUUCUUCAUUUUUUCAGCGGAGUUACUUUCCUCAGAGGAAUGAUUUUGGUUCCCAGAUUAUCCCUAGACCUUAUCUUACUGAAUUGCAUGCCUGUUCUCAAGCUGAUGGGUUUCAACAGCGAGCCUAUCCACCAAUUCAGGAUGUUAAUCAACCUAUCUUGCAGGCUUCUUUGCCUGUUUUGUAACCUGCCUGGAGCUCCUAGUUUGUCGAGAGAUGAUGGCUUAACACAACCUCCAAUACGGAAUAUUAUUGCUUCAAAUUUUCCCAGGGCAACACUCAUCGUCAUACUUCUGCCCUGUACAAAACAGUUGCUGGGAAACAAAAUGCAACCAGGUGGAUUUCUUACUCAUCUUCAUAUAUUUAUCACUAUGCCCAGCAGCAACCACCACACAGUUCAUACCACCCUAUGACUGAUGGUAUUUAUAAUCUUGGUGGAAAGAUGAUUCUUCUUUGUAAGUUCCACCAAAUAUUGGGGACACAUCAUCCCACCGAGUUGACAUUUGGAGGAUCGAGUAGUUCAAUUCAUAACCCAAAUACAUGUACUCUUGUUCAGCCAUUGAACACCAAACACAUUUCCGAUAUUCUCCAGCAAGAAAAAGAUAUAGCCUACAGUAAGACUCCUUUCAGCUUGGCUCAUCAUCCUCUUUUUGAUAGCAUUGAGCCAUCUUUUUGUUUAUCGAGAAAUAAAUAUGUAUUCCAAUGUUGGAAGUAACAAGUGACUGACAUUUUAUUGGGGCUUAGGUGUUCCAACAUACCACUGAGAAUGGCUAAUAGUGAUGUGUAGAUAAGUCUGCAGGGAAGAGCAAAGAUUCCAGAUACAUGAAGCAUUUAGAGGAUGUUCUGCCUGCCCUUUCGUUUGCAUUUUUUUUUUGAUGUUUCAUUUUUGUUGGAUUGUAUCUCUUUCUGUCUGGGAUCAUUUGAUCCUCACUAGGGGCUUACUAUUUAAUGAAAUGUACUAAUAGUGAAAAGUAA